GUAUCAAAACGAUCCCGACAAGGACUCGAAACGGUCAGAAGUCUCUCGGACGGCAAACGGUACGGUUGUUUUGCUUCUCUUGUUUUCUGUGCGAGGAUAUUUACUGCCUUUCUACUGAGUUAAAAGUGUUUGAACAAAUUUAUUUACUGAAGAAGAUUGCAGAUGUUGAUCUUGAUGAAGAAUCAAAGACGACGGUGAUGGUGAUGAUUGCAUAAAAAGAGCCCUGGACUUAUUAGCGAAGAUAGUGAAAAGGAUUUAUAAGAAUUCCAGCUGUUUAAGUGGAAAUACUGGAAGUGUUGAACGGACUUAGGGGUGGGUCAGACGAUUGGAUUUUUUGGCGGAAAACCCUGUGAAUAGAAACAACACAGCAAAGGUAACGGUAUUGUUGUGUACAUAUUGCGAAGUGUUAUAAAUAACGGAACGUUUAGUGCGAAACAAUGGCUCACAAUGUGGAUCUGGUGUGUAAGGAGAUUAUCUACGACGAAGUGGACAGUCAGUUUGCCGAACCGGACCCGACAAUGGUUGCGGACGUUCGGGUCAUUCAGAACUUGAUCGGUUUGGAGCGGCUGACGAUACCUUCGUGCAACUAUUUCGGCUCGGUGCAGCAAGACAUAAAGCCGAAUAUGCGCAAGAUUGUCACUACAUGGAUGCUGGAGGUAUGCGACGAGCAGAAGUGCGAGGAACAGACUUUCCCGCUGGCGGUCAACUUUUUCGAUCGGUUCCUCUGCGCAUGCCCAAUCGAUCGCUACCACCUGCAACUGCUGGGAUGCUGUGCCCUGCUGCUGGCCUCCAAGAUUCGUCAGUGCCAUCCGCUAACGGUGGACGUGCUCAGUGCCUACACCGACCAUGCCGUCUCGCCGGAUCAGAUCAGGAGCUGGGAGCUUCUGAUGAUCAGCAAACUGGAGUGGAACAUCACCGCCGUGACGGCGUUCGACUACGUCGAUCAGAUCCUGGAACGUGUCAAGUGGGGAUCGGACGACUCGCGGCUUCGGGAGCACGCGCACACUCUGAUCCACGUCUGCAGCACCGAAACCAUCUUCAUGCAGUUGGAACCCUCCCUGCUGGCGGCGGCCUGCAUUGCCUCGGCUAGCCGCGGGCUCAACGUGUCCACCAAGAUGGCCACCGGGUACGAUCUGUGCCGGUUGACGUUCCACGAUAUCGGCAAAAUCGAUUUCAUCGUCAAGAUCAUCGAAGAAAUCGUCGCCAAGGAAAUCGCCGACAAGCAGCAACAACAGCAGCAACAGCUGGCCGCCAGCAGUGCUGCCGGUGGCAGCUGCAAGGAACAGUACCAGCAAGCGCCCCAGAAAGUGGGCUCCUCGGGCGCUCCCGCCGAUCAGACGUCGUCACAGCAGCAGCCCGAAACGCCCACCGAUGUGCAGUUCAUCUACUUCUAAUCGUAGACGGAUGGGCGGCUUACAACUAGUUAGGGGAUUUUCCUGGUCGCUCAAGGCCGCUUCUCGCGGAAAUGGGCACCAGGGAAAGCGUAUUUUUUCUCUAUUGUUUUGAGAUAUUUAUCUGCCAAAAUUUAAGCAUGUUGUUAAGGAAGCGAUUAGGAAUGGGCGAUACCGAUACGAUAUAUCGGGAAUCGAUAUUUUCGCUCCGAUUAAUCGAUAUUUCGUAUCGAUUUUUUUAAGUUCGAUAUUUAACUGUAUCGAUUUUUUCUAGCGGAUAUCG